AUGCCGCCCACGUACCCGGUGAGCAAUAGCGCCCGCCAGCUUGCGGACCUCGGGCCCCCCCUGCCAUCCAAUGCGACGGUGGAGGAAUGGCACGAGUUCUUCGUAGGCUCGACGAAAUUGCCCUUGGUGCUCCUGGCCGUGGGGGUGGCCAUGGGGGUGGUCACCUGCCUCUGCAUCUUCGGGCACUGCGCCUGGGAGCCUCAGUGGAUGCCUACGUCUCCCAUCAUCCUCCUGGUGCUCUGCCUUCUCACUGCCCUCUCCUCAGGAGCUUGGGGAUAUGGCCCGAUUGUCUUCUAG